AGAGGGAGCAGUGGUGUAAGCGCGCGCGCGCGUAUAAUCUCGAGAGUGAACGCGCCCAAACGCGGUUGUUGUUGCGCCAGCGUACAGAUCGAACGCGUCGCGAGACUCUUCCGGCAGCUUCCCGCUCUGUCGAUGGCGCGGUACCCGAUCGACCCGAUCAGCUGCCCGAUCAGCUGGUGGCUCGGCUAGUGGCUUUGUGCGGUGCCAAGUCCAGCAGAGUGUGUUGGUAGAAGCAGAACGCUCCAUCCCUCUCUCACUUUCUAGAUUCUAAAGUGCAAAAGUGUCCAAAUUUCUCUGUGCGCGCUAGUGUGCGUUUCUGUGCGCAAGUGUGUCCAGUGCGUGUGUCACAAACUAACGAUAGUGAUAGUGUGGCGCCCAACUCUAUACUUUCAUCAGUGUUGAUAGCUUUUUGUGUUUGAAACAAUCCCAACAAAAAAAAAGUGUCACAACUCUCCAAUCCGAACAUCGAGAAACCUCAGCAGCAGCAGCGAUGGCGACGCUGCUGUACACGAUCAUCGGCAUGACGGCUUCGGCCUCGCUGAACUGUGCGGUGCGGCGCGAAAUAUCGCCCUGCACCUGCUCGCCCGGGCUGUUCGCGAACAACAUCGACGUGAAGUGCGAGCAGAUGGAGUCGUUCGGGCAGGUAGUGAACGCGCUGCAGGACCGCUUCACCGAGGAUCACAACAUCUGGCUGACGAUUUCGCACUCGCAGCUGCUCGAUCUGGCCGCGCUUUCGUUCUGGGAGAUGAACAUGAACAUCAAAUCGCUGCGGAUAAACUUUGACAAUCUGAGUCAUCUUCCGGUGUCUUCGUUCCGCAACCUACCCCGGCUCGAUCUGUUCAGCGCGGCGGACAACCUGCUCGAGGAGAUACCGCCGGACAUGUUCGAGCAGAUGCCAAACCUCGGCACACUGGAUAUGGCCCGCAGCCGCAUCCGCUACAUCUCCGGCGACACGUUCCGGCAUCUGCAGAACCUGCGCCAUCUGAUCAUGGGCAACAAUCAGCUGCAGCGCAUCGAUACGGACGCACUGCCGAAAACGAUUCACUCGCUGCAGCUCAGCGUGAACCAGCUGCGCUCACUGAACGGCAGCAUCCGCCAUCUGGACGAGCUGAAGCUGCUGUUCAUCAACGAGAACAAUCUGACCACGCUGGACGGUGAGCUGCCGCUCGGAUCGCCGAAUCUGAUGAUGAUCACCGCGCAGAACAAUAAGCUCGAGCAGCUGCCGGGCGAGUUGCGCUUUCUGAAGAAUCUCGACAACCUGUGCGUCCCGGGCAAUCGGCUCCGAUCGCUCGAUGGACUGCUGGCCCGCGCCACCCAUCUGACGAAACUGCUCGCCCAGGACAACCAGAUCAGUGAGCUGCGGCGGGACGAGUUUCUCGAAGCGGAACGGCUGGAGGAGUUGAACCUGGCGGGCAAUUGGCUGGUCAACCUGAACGGCUCGCUGCUCAACUGCAAGGGACUGAUCAAUGCGAACUUUAGCGAGAAUCGGCUGCAGGAGUUUUCGCUCCAGGAGGUGGCCGGUUUGCGCAAGCUGCGGCUGCUGGACCUGUCCCACAACCGGAUCGAGGUGCUGAGCGGCCGGAUGGAGAACAUGAUCGAUUCGGGGCUGAUCAUUUCCGAGCUGCGGCUGCACAACAAUCGGCUCAGGUCGCUGGACGGCGCACUGAUGGGGCUGAACAAUCUGCGCAUUCUGAACGUUGCCCACAACGAGCUGCAGACGAUCACGCCGAACGACCUGAUCGGGAUGGAGGAGCUGGAGCGGCUGGAUCUGUCAUUCAACCAGCUCAAGACACUGGAGGAACUGUCCAAGACGUUCCUGCCCUCGCUGGAGUCACUGAAUGCGUCCUACAACCAGCUGACGACGAUGCACAAGGACUUCCACGGUUUGCCGAUCCUGUGCGUGGCCGACCUUUCGAAGAACAUGAUCCGGGAGUUGUCGGUGGAUCUUGUCUCCAACACGCGCUGCAGUAAUCAUGGAGUGCCCAAUCGAUUGGAGAUCUUCCUCGAUGAAAAUCCCGUCCUCUGCAAUGAAUCGCUCCCGGAGCUGAUCAACCAGAUGGAGUUCUACCACACCCGCCUGAACGGGGUGGCCCACUGUAUCGUCCCGCAGCAGAUGCCGGUCGAGACGCCGAUCUUUAUCCAGCCGCCGAUCGCGAUGCUCCAGCCACUCCUCAAGCCGCAGGCUCCGCUCGUACCCUCGAACGUCAUGAUCCAGCCACCAUCAAUUGUGCAGAUUCUCGUCCCGUCAACGCUUGUCAUGCCGGCGGCAGCCGCAGUUGCACCACCGCCACCACCACCAGCAGCCGCGGUACCGGUAGUACCUUCCGCUGCUGUCCCGCUUGCAGCGCCGAUUCUUCCUCCAGGCGUUCCUCUAGCCCUCGCUACCGUCGCUCCCAUACCGAUCCUGUACGAAGCUUCGACCAGUGCACCACCACCACCACCGCCAGUGUCCGUUGUGGCGGCUCAUCCACCGAUCGGUUCCGCUGGUGUAGUUAGCGUGGCAGCGUCCCCUUCCACCAACGGUCCGUUAUCAUCGCUCCCAAACACCAUCCAGAAGACGCACGCUACCGACGACGAGCUGCUACCCCCGAACGAGGACGAACUAGACGACGAACCGGGCGUGAGUGUGCUCACCAUCCCGCAGCAGCAACCGUACGAUGAGCUCAAGUACGAAACUGGCCCGGAACAGCACGAUCGGGCCGGCGGAGCGACACAAAAUCGCGACGAAAACAACGAUGUUGGACGUUCGGCAGCGGGCGGGUCCGAGGAUGGCAGCGCGUCGGACGGUGGGCACGACGGACCGCCCACUGUCCCGACUACCACCACCACCACCAUGCAGACCAUCCUGGAGUUUAAGAACCUGAUCCACGACGACGGCAGCUACGGCGGGGCGGGAUUGGCUUCCUCGUCCGCCAUCUUGGUGCUGCCGCCGGAGGUGCUGCCGCUGCCGCUGGACAAAGCGCAAGGGCUGGCGACGGAACCGGAGGAGGAGCCGCCGGAAACGCAGCAAGACCAGCACGUGGAGCUGGAAAGUGAUCUGCAGUGAGGUGGAUGGGAGGCACUGGUGCGGUAAGGCAGAGAGCACACGCAAAUGGAGCACGUAUUGCGAGCUCGUGCUUUACUAUGAGGAAGAUGGCGCGCUGCGCGUCCAAAAUGGCGACGAUCAUUCGAUCAGUGGCGGCGCAAGAGCGAGAUAGAGAGAGAGAGAUAGAAAGAGAGCAUGUGGUAGUUUUGGAGUGUGUGUUUGAGUGUGUGUGUGCGCGAGUGUUUUAGGGCUAUUUAGGGCCAGGGCUGUUUAGCUUAGGAUGAUAAUGACUGAACGAUUACUGGAGGUAGAGAGAGAGAGAGAGAGAGAGAGAGAGAGAGAGAGAGAGAGAGAAACAGAGAAACAGAGUUAUACUAGAGAUCGAACUCGAUCUUGAGAUGGACACGAACACUUGACAGUAACGACAUGACGAUAGAGAGAGAAAUAGGGGGAGAGAGAGAGAGCGAGAGAGAGAGAGAGAGAGAGAGAGAGAAAGAGAGAAAGAGAGAGAGAGAUUUUGCAAAGAGUUCGUUUUUUUUUAAUCUCUCCUAUUUCUUGUUUGUUGCGCAUUGUAGAUGAUGAAGGCAAUUUUAAAUUAUUCAAAUGCCGUUCUUCACGACCCAAAGGAAUUCUUGUGUAGUAAAAUGUGUGAGUGUGUGCAUGCGUGAGUGUGAUGGUGAAUGUGUGUGAGUGAAUGUGUGGUUGGUACGCAAUUAGUCAGUAUCGUGUGUUGGAGAGUAACGAACUAUCAUGUAGCAGCUUAAGUAAUACGACACUUGAAUUUGUCCUCUACGUGUGUGUGAGUGUGGGUGUGUGUAAGCGUAUUAUCUCUUUCAAAACAAAACUAGCGAAGAAGCAGCUGCGACCGAUUCGGUGACAUUUGACCUGUGCGUGGUAUCGCAUUCUGUUUCGAACAAGCGAAUAUGUUGUUAACGUGCCAUCUGAUUGUAUACAGAUUUAAGCCAAACUGUCCUAAUGAGUAGGUUACUUCAAUUAUAUUCCUCUUUUCACGCUUAUUUUCAGUUUUGCAUCCCAUUCAGUUGGCAUGACUUAAAAAUUGAGCUUGCUUCGUUUAGAGGACAGACAGUGGAGUAGGGAAAUACAAUCUUUUUUUUCUUCUCUUUUUAGCUUGUUCUAAAACUGUUUUAGCUACUUCCCAUGGCAAAUAGUAGUGAAGGAUAAAGCCAGUCAAAAAAGAAAAGAAAAGAAAAGGAAAACAAAAAUAUUAUAUAUACUAAAUGCAUAUUCUGCUGGAAACGCAAGAGAUAACAACGCAACAAUAAUGAGCAGAGAACGCACAAGCUCUCCUUUAGCAGACAAAAAAAAACACAGUAGAGAUGAACAAUUUACUACAGCCCCAGUUUUGAGCAAGUUGACACUAAUAAUCUUCUUCUUUUUUUUGUAAUGUUAAUGAUAUUUCUACUAGCGACUAGUGAGAGGAUAUUAAUGACUUUAAUAUAAUAAUAAUAAUGAUUACUACUAUUAUUAUCGAUAGCACACGCAGACACACGCAUACGUAGUACUGUAAAAGGGAAAAGUUAGGAGAGGAGUCGUCUGCAAAGCAAAAAAAAGGGAAGGCAAACCCAACACACACGAGCAUAACAACAAAUUUGAGGAAGAGGAGGUCACCCAGUAGGCGGGCAGGUGAAGCAUGCAUUAGGCAAGAGUGCUGGGCUGCUAUUAUCAGAGAGUUGUAAUUAUUUUGUACGAUGAUUUAGGUGCAUUUUGGAGCAAUCACACACACACACACACGCUCCCUCCGAAACGCAAAAAAACGAAACGGAGCUCCUCUUCCAGCAGACGACCUAGUAUUGACAAAACGUAAAUGUGCAUUUCAAAGCGACGGAUAAUAACGGCCAAAAUACCGUGUGUGUGUGUGUGUGUGGUAGCGCACAAACGUGCGUGCAACAUGAUUUCGCGAUGUAUUGCUUCUACAGUUAAAAGUGAAUUGAAUUGCAAAUAAAAGUUAAGGAAAUCAAA